CCUAGAUCUCUCUCGCUGCUCAUCAUCAUCAUCAUCAUCAUCUCUAUUGUCAUCGCUUCGAAACAAUUUCUCAAUCUCAAUCCCAAAUUCAAGAAGAGACAUGGAUGAUAGCUGUGCCGUCUGCGCUGACAAUCUCGAAUGGGUUGCCUAUGGAUCUUGUGGUCACCGUGAGGUUUGCUCCACAUGCGUUGUUCGUCUCCGAUUCGUCCUUGACGAUCCUCGCUGCUGUAUUUGCAAGACCGAGUCUCCUAUCGUCUUUGUCACCAAGGCAUUGGGUGAUUAUACGAGGACGAUCACUGACUUCUCCACCUUCCCAUCAGCACCAAGGGAAGGUCGAGUAGGAGCGUUCUGGUAUCAUGAAGACACUCAAGCUUUCUUUGAUGACUUGGAUCAUUACAGGAUGAUCAAAGCUAUGUGUAGACUUUCCUGCGGUGUUUGUGACAAGGCUGAAGAUCAACCAAGAGAAGGAGGACCAAGACAUCAUCGGCAGAGGAUUAAGAGCGUUGAACAGUUGAAGGGUCAUUUAUAUCAUAAGCACAAAUUGCAUAUGUGCGGUUUAUGUCUAGAAGGGCGAAAGAUAUUCAUAUGUGAACAAAAGUUGUAUACUAGGGCACAACUGAACCAACACAUACACACUGGUGACUCUGAAGUUGAUGGAAGUGAGAGUGAAAGGGGAGGCUUCGCUGGACAUCCUAUGUGUGAAUUCUGUAGGAAUCCUUUCUAUGGUGAUAAUGAAUUGUAUACUCACAUGUCUACAGAGCAUUACACAUGUCAUUUAUGCCAAAGGUCACAGCCAGGACAAUAUGAAUAUUACAAAAACUAUGAUGACUUGGAGAUUCAUUUCCGUAGAGACCAUUUCCUCUGUGAAGACGACUCCUGCCUUGCUAAGAAGUUCACAGUUUUCCAGAAUGAAUCAGAGUUGAAAAGGCAUAACGCUAUUGAGCAUGGAGGUAAAAUGUCUCGGUCUCAGCGAAGUGCUGCAUUACAGAUACCAACAAGUUUCCGAUACCGACGUGGAAAUGAUCAAGAGAAUCGUCGUGGAAGACCCCGAUCAUUUCGUCGCGAGCCUGGUGAUGAUGAAUAUAAUCUUGCAGUUCAUGCAGCUCUUCGUUUAUCUGAGGCUGAGUAUUCUCGGCAAGAGCCUGCUCCUCCACCCUCAAGUGCACCACCCGGAUUCUCUGAAAACAACAACAUACACGUGGAUGAUGCUGAUCCUCUUAUUCAGCCAAUGGAAUCUCUAUCAACUACAGAUAUGGAGCCCUCUUCACGAUAUCUUCAAGCUGUAGGAAGCUCUGGUGGUGGUGGUACACGUCUUGGAGAAUCUGCUUUUCCUCCUCUUUCUGGUCAACCGAGAUCUGGACAGAACGUAGAGAGUUUACCUACUAACACCAUGGCUGCUCGUCUAAGACGCCAAACAAAUCGAACUACUACUGCUUCUGCUAUUGCUAGUCCUUCUCAAGGAUGGCCAGUGGUUAACCGAGGCCCAGCGCAAGCAUCUAUUACAAGUGGUGGUAAUCAUUCUUCUUCCGGAUGGCCAGCAAUAGGUCGAACGCCUGUACAAGCCUCUAGUUCUUCAGUCCAAUCUAUGUCCCAUACCAGAGUUUCACAGGCUCGACCGCUGGCUCCUGCAGUUUCACAGGCUACUCGUAAUGCGAACAGGAUUCCUCACUCUUCCUCAGCCCCUAAUCUAUCUGAUACAAGAUCACUUCAGCCUUCUCAUUCAGAUUUUCCUCCAGUUUCUUCUGCUGUUGUGCAAAAUCGUAAGACAUCAUCCACCACUACGCAGGGAUCGUCAAACACUCAACCCCCUCCAGAUGUACAAUCUGCCAACAAGUCAUUGAUUGAGAAAAUGCGUUCUGCACUUGGUCAUGAUGAAGAUGUAUUUGUGGCAUUCAGGAACAUAUCAGGACAGUAUCGUCAAGGUUCGAUUGAUGCAAAGACUUAUUUGGAGUAUGUGAAAGGAUAUGGAUUGUCUCACUUGGUUAUUGAUCUUGCUAGACUGUGUCCUGACCCUAAAAGGCAGAAGGAACUCAUUGAUACCCAUAAUGCCAGUUUGAGAGAAGAGGAUUCAAAGGAGAAUGGUCGGGCUGCUGCUCAGAGCUCUUCUCAACCUAAAGAGAGCCAAAGUUUAAAGAAAAACAAAGGAAAAGCUGUGAAAGUUGCUGACCCGAAAGAAACAUUAGCAGAUAACUUUAUGGACACAGUAAGGAGAUUACAAUCUUCUCAGAAUCCCCAGGAAGAAGAAGAGGUGAUAUCUAAGGAUAAGAAUUCUUAUAGGUCAGACAAAGGCAAAUCACAAGUAGCAGGAGCUGUUUCUUCUUCAACCGGAAACAAGCAGCAACGUAAGAAAACUUCUAAGUUUCACAGAGUACGGCUUGGUGAUGGAUCAAUGGCUGCCUUACUAGAUCUUAAUAAUACUAACCGUGAUCCUGAACAAGAAUCAAAGGAUGAUAAUUCCAACAGUAACCAAAAUCAGACCGGUGGUUUGCCGGUUCGAGGCGUUUGGCGAAAAGGAGGUGCAAACCUUUUCUCGUAGAGAAUUAAUUUUUCGUUAUUUUGGAUUAUGAUUUAAGUGUGAAGGUAGAUGGUUGCUCUCUCAUUUUUUAUCAGUGACAGAGAGAGAUCACUUUGAGCAAACUUUAUUUAUGUAAACGGAUUUUGUUAUACUUAUGGUUUUCUUUUUUAUCUAUUUAAUAAGUUUCUGUUUAUAUU